CAUUGGCUGUGGCGUCGGCGUUGCGGGGCGGGCAUGGAUCGAUCGACCGGAACGAGGUAUCAAUCCGUGGCGGCAUGGAGAAUUCGCUCGCGGCGGCUCGUGGACGAGCAUGGAUCGGCCAUAGCAAUUGACUGAUUGAUUGGAAGCUUGCUGGGCAACGAGACGCAUUAGUUUUGGUUGUUGCUUUUAGGACGAGGAGAAUGGAUGGGCGGCGGUGUGUCACAGUCAAGUGAUUAGAGUGAUGGAGAUUCCCGGAGAGAACGCGACUUGGACGCUGCUGUCCGACGAGGAAGAAGGCGGGCAGCAAAAUCAGCCACAGCAGCAGCAGCAGCAGCAGCAGCAUCUCUACGCGCCGGAUUUGCCUCCGCUGGGCCAGGAUGCUUUCAUCGAUCAGGCGUUCCAUCAAGCUAUGGUUGCUGGUUUCGAUGAUUCUCCUCCCGCUGGCCUCCAAGAGUUUCCGCCACAGCAAUUCCAACCACAAGCCGACCAGCCGGGGCUAAGGUGUGGAUCCGCUGCAAACGAUGCGGGUGACCUUGCAUCCGUGAGGAGAGUCCACAAGGCGGACAGGGAGAAGUUGCGAAGGGACAAGCUCAACGAGCAAUUUACCGAGCUCGCCAGUGCAUUAGAUCCAGACAGGCCUAAAAAUGACAAAGCAACAAUUUUGAGCGAUAGUGUUCAGGAACUAAACGAGCUACGAGCCGUGGUGAAGCGGCUAAAGAAAGAGCAUGCAGCACUUUUGGAUGAAUCCCGCGACCUGUCACAGGAGAAGAGCGAGCUAAGAGAAGAGAAAGCUUUUCUCAAGUCCGAGACGGACCAACUCAACUCGCAACUCCAACAGAGACUCCGGCUCGCGCUGUCGUGGCCGGUGGAUCCCUCUCUCAUGCUCGGUGCGUCCGCAUUUCCAUAUCCUCUCCCAGUCCCAGCAGCACCCGCUGCUGCUGGUCCUCCUCCUCUCGUCUCUUCGUCUCCAUCACCAGCAGCUCCUCCAUCCUCUCAGCCACAACAGCAGCAGCAGCAGCAGCAGCCUCAAGCACCACCAACGCAAGGCUCGCAAAUUCCACCACCGCCAAUUCCUUUCCUUCCUCCCGGUUUGCCUCUUCCGCCGCCUUACGGCAUUCAUCCUUACGCAAUGUUUGCAAACAGGCCGCCAGCCGCUGGUUACUUCCCAUACUUUUCUCCUCCUAGCUCCACCGUGGAGAGGCCGUUUGCUCAGUACGCAACUCCAGGAAUGCAUCCCUUCCGAGGCUACACUGGUCAGGAUGGAGCCCCUGCGUUCUUCCCACCGUCUCUAGCAGCCGAAGCUCCUUACAAGCCACUCCAAGUAGCUCCGAAAGCAACCAGGGAGGACAAUGCCGAGCCAGGGCCAGAAUCCCAGCCGCAAUCUUCUGGGUCAAGUCCGCCACCCCAAGUGGAAGCUUCAUCACCUUCUUCCGUGGAAGUAAAACAGGAGGUGCAAGUAGUACAACCACUAGUGAAAAGCUUGAGUCCCACGAUUCUAGAUGGAUCUAGCGAUUCCAACUGUGUUGCAUGAUCGAUCAAGUGGUGAAAGCUAUUGAGCAUCUUGAAUUGGGUAAAUGAAUCCCACUUGCAAGAGGCAUGGUCUUACACAGACUUGAAGGGAAUAUCACCUGGCAUAUGCACAUAUUGCAUAGAAAUCCUGCCAGAAAUCAUGGUGCAAGAGGCGAUUGGCAUAUAGGAUGAAUCCAUCCAAACUUCCAAGUGACAUUUGUAUAUGAGCUCUUUUUCUUCUAGUGCUCAUUUUCUUCCCAAUCAAAUAGAAAUCCUGGCUUUGCAUUGGUU